UAAGGCCAUUCAUAGCCCAUAGGUGAAUAACCAUAAGGCGUGUAUUUUAUAUAUAUCAUUACCAUAAGUAUAUAUUAUAUACAUAAAUACUGGACGCAAACCCGAAGAGCGCACAUACAUUCUGACAAUUAAAAUAUAUCUUUAAAGCAGCGUAUUCCGCAGGAAUAUCGGUUUUUUAAAAAUACUAAUCAACCAUGAUCGAAGAAGUUAACUACGCCGUAAUGUUUAUCGGUGAUCUCUUACGUCAAAAAGGACUUUCAGAUGAUAUCGUCAUGAGAUUUGAACAUACACUGAGCGGCAUGCUGGUACAUAAUUUUAGAAGCACGUGGUUUGUAGAUCAACCACACAGAGGUAGUGGCAACAGGUGUUUGCGUAUAGAACGAGGGCAAAUGGAUCCCAGCUUAGCAAAUACCGCCAGAUCAAUCGGCGUCAGUAUAAUUAGACUACAGAAUCUUUUACCUACCGACAUUACUAUUUGGAUCGACCCUAAGUCUGUGUGCUACCGCAGCGAGCGAUCCCCCUUGUUCUCGAUAUACGACGAGGAGGACUUUUCUUCAGGUGACUCGGAUUCCAGUAAUUCGAGCGGACAAUCAGCCGGUAAGCGUAAACGCGCCGGAACAUCGUAUACUUCUCUACCUGAAGCCCUGUCGGCUUUUUAAAUCAGAACCGCUUCCAAUGCAGUGGAUGAGUACAGGAUUUAAGUGCAACACAAGGACAGUGCGUCUUUCAACCGUGCUUUUGAAUAAUAAUAUCCGCCAUUCACGGUGUGAUGAAUUGACAUUAUUGAAAUACUGCAGAAUAAGCAGACCGGACAGCCACUGCUACAAGAAUAGCAGUAACAGCAAGCUGUGUGAAUUAAAUAUUAAAAUAUAUAUCAUUAACAUA